GUUUCGUUUGCUCGUUUAGUUUAACGAAAAAUGCCAUCCACAAUGGAUGUGAAGCGUUUGAUAAGUGAAGUACGCCAGAGACCGGUGUUGUGGGAUAUGACAAAAGCCAGGUACACGGCACCAGUAAAGUGGAUGGAGGUGGCCGAAGCACUGGGAGCAAAUGUUGAGGACUGCAAACGCAAAUGGAAAAAUCUACGCGAUACAUUUCAUGGUGAGGUUCGACGAUUUGCGCGGCGCAAAAAGAGAGACAAGUCAUUGGGAGUGUAUGAUCCAAAAAUAAGUUACAAAAGUAAAUGGGCCUUUUAUGACGAUUUGGAAUUCAUCAAAGAAAGCAAAAGAAGGCAAAAAGUCGCGGCCGAUGAUAAUACAGUCGAUGAAGAAGGUGCUAAUAAUACAAUGGAGCAGCCAAGCACAAGCCUGGAUGAGCCCCAACCCUCUACGACAGAGGUUAAGAUUAAAGAGGACGUUGAUGAAGAUACCACAGCCUAUGAGUUGGGCAUUGAUGAUGACGACGAGACUGCUAAUGAUAUGCUGUUUGAGGAAUUUCAAAAUAUUGCCACACCACAAGCGGCCCGCCGCUUAUCGGCCACUUUGUCCUUGACCAAUUCAUUGGAGCAGAAUCUUUCCAAUGACAUGCCAGAGCAGCAUAUCUCCAAUGAUACUCCCCGAUUAGACAAUGGGGUGAAGCAGGAGAAAUGCAGAUGCCCUUCUUCCAAUUCGCGCAACGAGGAUCGAGUCCAUUUCCUCGAAGAUCUGGAGAAGGAGGAGCAAAAGCUCAUACAGUCCACCAAAAGGGAUAUAAGUCGGGCCCAGGAUCACAUAGGAGAUUCCGAUUACAAUUUUCUUGUCAGUUUUAUGCCGCACAUGAAGAAAAUGUCCGAUUUACAGAAUCUACAAUUUCGUGGGAGAAUGUGUGACUUGGUUUUGAGUAUUUUGGCGCCCACCAUGGCUGCGGCGCCAAAUGCUCCAGCAUUACCAACAUUGACCCAAGCCCCAUUCAUGGCCCAAGGGGAAAAUAAUCCGAAUGUAAUGUUCAAUUAAAGGCGUGGCAGAGGUGAUAAGGAAGGAAUCGUUGACUAUACUGCCCUCUGUUAUUUGUCUCAAAGGACUGAAAUCAUCAUUAUGUCAUUUUAAACAUUUAGGCUAAGUUUAAUUUUCAUAUCACUUUGCAUCAUUUAAAAUAAUUGUAAAAUUUUUUAAUUUUAAGAGAUUUACGGUUUUUGUCUUCCCUAUGUGAAAAUAUGACAAAUUUUAGGCUUUAAAAUAGGUUUAUUUGACAGUUCUCUAAAGGAAAUCUGUCAAAUAAACCCAUUUCAAAAGACCGUUAAUAUUUACA